AUGGUGAGCCAUGGCAAUCUUGGAGCUCUGCAACGCCUGGGCCUGCAAGUAGUGCAGUCGAACCCUGCGGUGCUUUGCGGCCCAGCCCUGCAGCUUCAGCGAGGUCUUAGCACCGGCGGGGACAGAGUGAAGCUUUCGGAAGGUCCCGGGAGCGGCCCCGACCCUGGGUCUGCUCCGUGGCAGACGCCUGCCACCCUGUUCUUGGAGAGCCUGUCGGUGCCGUUCCAGCGACACGCCGUGUCCAAAGAAGACAUGCGUGAAGGAGAAUCCGUCACACAGUCUUUCGCAAGACAGGUGGGACUCAAAGAUGAUUCAGUGAUGGUAAAAACCAUGGUGUUCGACAUCGAUAAAGCUGCUUCACAACAACCUAUCUUCGUGCUUCAACACGGGAACAAGAAGGUCGAUACCAAGCGGUUGGCUAUGGCUGCAGGUGUCAAGCGUGACCACGUGAAGCCCACGAAGCCUGAGCGCGCGACAUCUUUCACUGGCUAUGUCUUUGGAGGAACCACCGCUUUCGGCAGCAAAACGCAGCUACAGAUCUACAUUGAGAGUUCGAUAUUCAGUUUGGAGACAGUGUACGUAAAUGGUGGAAGCACCAAUCUGUGCCUCUCCAUGAGUGGUGCCAACUUCGAACAUGCUCUCGGUGAGUGCAUCCCGGUGGAGGUGGCUGGCAGCUAA